CUGAUGACUUUGACUGUAUAUAUUGCAUCAAUAACGGGUAAUACUGAGAUUCGUAAACAAGUUCAGAGGACAUUAAUGAUUUUAGAUGGACUGGGAGUACCAUUUAAAACCAUCGAUAUAACGCUUCGAGGAAACGAGGAACAUCGAAAAUUUAUGCGAGAGAAUGCAAACAAUGAAAGAUGUGAUGGAGUCCCAUUGCCACCGCAGUUUUUUCUUGACGAUAAAUAUUUAGGAAAUUAUUUGGAUUUUGAAGAAGCUGUGGAAGAUAACCUUUUGCCAGAGUUUUUACAAUUGGUGCCUCCGGUGAGUUUUUAA